AUGGAGAAGGAUCCCAUCCCUCAAGGCUGGUCCUCCCAAGAAAAAGCAAAAGAAAACGACAAUGAGUCUGAGACCAUAGAACACGGAGGAUUUUUUAGAAUCUUUACCUUCGGCGAACCUGUCGACUACUUCUUUGAGACUAUUGGCAUUGCUGCAGCUAUUGCAUCCGGUGUUGCUAUGGCACUGGUCAAUAUCGUCCUCGGUAACUUCAUCAAUCUUCUCACAACUGCUUCAGGGCCGGACAUCCAGGGCUUAGGCUCUGAUUACAUGGCUGGUGUUCAAAAAUACUCGCUUUACUUUGUUUAUAUUGGGAUCGCGAGGCUCUGCUUAACUUACAUGUACUCGACGUUGAUGACACAGACUGCCUAUAGAAUCGUUCGCAACAUUCGCUGUCGAUACCUCCGGGCAGCUCUAUCACAGGAUAUCAGCUUCUUCGAUCACGACCAUGGAGGCUCGAUAUCGGCGCGACUGUCGGCUAAUGGGAAGCUCAUCCAAUCUGGAAUCGCCGAGAAGUUAGGCCAGGUUUUCCAGGCUCUAGCUACGUUCAUUGCCGCCUUUAUAAUUGCCUUCGUCAGCCAAUGGAAGCUAACACUGAUCCUCAUCUGCAUCAUUCCCACGAUCUUGGGUAUCAUUGGCGCGGCUGCUUGGGCAGACUCGAGAAUAGAUGUCAAGAUACUAAAAAACAAUGCCCUGGCCGACACAUACUCUGAGAGCAUACUUAGUAGCAUCAAGACGAUUCACGCGUUCAACCUUCGUCCCCGUUUAUUACGCGAGUAUUCUUCCUACACACAAAAGUCUUUCGAGAUCGCCCGGAUGAAGAGUUGGAUAUAUGGCAUUCUGUUUGGUAGCCAGAACUUUGUCAUUUACUCUGGUAUGGGCCUUGCCUUCUGGCAGGGGAUCGCCAUGAUAUCAAAGGGAGAGGUAGAAAGCAUAGGCACUGUCUUCACCGUUCUAUUCUCGGUUAUCAUCGCUGCUGCAACCAUGAACUCGUUGGCCCCGCAUCUGAUCUCAUUUACUCGCGCAAUCUCGGCUGCGAACGAGCUUUUCGCCUUAAUCGACCGUGAAUCCGAGAUCAACCCUUUUUCAAAGUCUGGUAUCAGGCCUGAACAGGUCACAGGCGCAAUCGAAUUCAAAAAUGUCCAUUUUGCAUACCCAGCCAGGCCUGAUAACCCAGUGAUGGAGGACUUCUCUCUUGUUAUUCCCGCGGGGAAAAUUACAGCUCUCGUGGGCUCGAGCGGUUCGGGUAAGAGUACCGCUAUCGGCCUCAUCGAGAGGUGGUAUAACCCUACCAUGGGUAGUAUAACACUGGAUGGAGUCGAUGUCAAGGAACUCGAUGUCACGUGGCUUAGAACAAAUGUUCGAUUAGUCCAGCAGGAGCCCGUUCUGUUCAAUGGGACUAUUUUUGAAAACAUAUCCUAUGGGCUAGUUGGUACGGAAUGGGAGUUCUCCUCAAAAGAAGUGCAACUCAAACUUGUCAAGGAGGCUGCAGUCACAGCUUUCAUAGAUGAGUUCAUUCAGAACCUACCGCACGGAUAUGAUACUCAAAUUGGCGAGAGGGGAGGUCUCUUAUCCGGUGGUCAAAAGCAGCGUGUUGCAAUUGCUAGAAGCAUUGUAUCACGUCCUAAGAUUCUGCUCCUCGAUGAAGCCACUAGUGCUCUGGAUCCUCAAGCUGAGGAAAUUGUACAACAGGCCCUUGAACGCGCAUCUGAGAACAGAACGACUAUUGCCAUUGCUCAUAAGCUGAAGACGAUCUGCAACGCUGAUAAUAUUGUUGUUCUUUCCCGAGGUCAGAUUAUUGAGCAGGGGAAACACAAUGAACUAGUUGCAAAUCAGAGCACCUACGCGCGGCUAGUCAAGGUUCAGGACCUGUCGGUAGCUGCUCAUGAUCAUGCCGAGCAUGAGGCCAAGAAGGAUGAAAAUGAUCAAGAAGAUCAAGUCGAAAAGGCCCAGUCGCUGGCAAGAUACAAUACAGCAGAAGCCGACCGUCUUUCUUCCUUGCAAGCUAAAGAAAACUUUUCCGCUUUUGAACAGGGUACCUUGAUACAAACUAUUGCGAGGCUUGUCCACACAUCUUGGGACCUGCGCUGGUGGUAUCUUGUCUCUCUUGUCACCUGUACUGUGGGCGCCGCUGUUUAUCCUGGCCAGUCUCUAUUGAUAGCGAAGGUCACUGAUGUCUUCAGUUCCCCCAAUAUGGUUGAGAAAGGGAACUUCAUCUCACUCAUGUUCUUCGUAAUGGCUAUUGGCAGUCUUUGCAUCAACUUCAUCCUGGGAGUGUCCACCAACGUGAUUUCUCAGAGCCUCUACCAGCGUUUCCGCAAUGCUAUAUUCAAUGGAGUUCUGCGACAAGAUCUAAGUUUUUUUGAUCGCCCGGAAAAUACUAUUGGUGCAAUGAAUAGCCGCCUUUCAUCCUACCCGCACUCGAUCAUGGAACUGAUGGGAUUCAACAUUGCUGUCAUUGUCAUAGCUGCUAUCAACAUUUUCGCCUCCUCAAUCCUAUCCAUCUCUGUCUCGUGGAAGCUUGGUCUUGUUGGUGUCUUUGCCGGAUUGCCACCAAUGAUUCUUGCUGGCUGGGUUCGCUAUCUGGUCGAAACUAAGAUGGACAGUAUUGUCGACAAGCGGUCCUCUCAGAGCGCAUCUGUUGCUUCUGAGGCUGUGAUGGCCAUCAGGACCGUCUCAUCUCUUGCUAUCGAAGAGAAAGUUUUGGAAAAAUACGCGGUAGAGCAAGAUGCUGCUAUCUCAAGCUCAACAAACCCAUUGUGCCAAAUGAUGGUGUGGUUUUCAUUAACGCAAUCUAUAGAGUACUUUGUACUUGCUCUAGGUUUCUGGUGGGGCUCAACCCUCUUAUCACGGGGUGAACUGACGUUCUACCAAUUUAUGGUGUCAUUCAUGGGUUUAUACUUCUCGGCCCAAUCUGCAGGGCAGUUUUUCAGCUUCAUAGGCAACUUCCCCAAAGCUAAUCAUGCGGCAAAUUAUUAUUUCUGGAUAUCAAGCUUGCAGCCGACGAUAAGCUCAUCACACGAAAGUCGAGACAGGGGUUCACUCUCCAGUUGCAGCGAGUACGACUUUGAGAAUGUCAAGUUUUCUUACCCUCUGGCCCCAGAGAAUCAAGUUUUAAAAGGCAUCUCUUUGAAAAUUAUGCCCGGACAAUUUGUUGCCUUUGUUGGCGCAUCAGGCUGCGGGAAGAGCACAAUGAUAGCGUUGCUGGAACGCUUCUAUGACCCUAGCAGCGGCCGGAUCAUUGUUGACAAGCAGAAUAACCUAAAAGACCUCAACCCUUGGGUUUAUAGGAACAAGGUUGCCUUGGUCCAGCAGGAACCUACACUUUUCCCAACCACUAUCCGCGCCAAUGUGUCCAUGGGAGUGGACUUUGACCUCAACAAAACGGAACCAUACACGGGACUGCCGUCUGCAGAUGUCGCAGCACUUGAGCGCGCCCUCAAAGCUGCCGACGCAUGGGACUUUGUAAGCUCGCUCCCAGAAGGUCUAGAUACACCAUGCGGCACGAGCGGUAUCCAGCUCUCUGGCGGUCAGCGGCAACGUAUCGCUAUAGCACGAGCUCUGAUCCGGAACCCUCAUGUCCUUCUGCUGGACGAAGCUACGAGUGCCCUUGACACUGAAUCAGAGCGGAUUGUUCAGUCAGCUCUCAUGGAUGCCGUUGAUUCUGGCAAGCACGUUACUGUCGCCGUGGCGCAUCGUUUGUCUACUGUGAGGAGAGCAGACCGUAUUUUUGUGUUUUACGGGGGCAAGAUUGCUGAAGCCGGGACUCAUAAUGAGCUUAUUUCUCAAGGAGGGAUAUACACUAAGAUGUGUGAGGCACAAAGUAUUGACAGUGCGGCUUAG